AUGCCGUUGCCAAUUGAUGAUGGAAAUGUGAUCAAGAGGGAUGUUGAAUUAGUAUUCAGGAAAAGAAAAGCAUUGAUGAAGGUCGAGAAGGAAGUAAGACGUAAUAGAAUUCAGAAACAAUUAGCAGCAAAAAAGAGAUUGAAGAGUAUAAUCCCAAUUCCUCAACAUAUUCCUGAUGAAAUUAUUCAAGAGAUUCUACACAGACUUCCUCCUAAUUCUCUGAUUCAGUGGGGCUGCGUUUCCAAGCUUUGGUUCAACACUAUUUGCCGCAACCAUAUCUUUGCUACAACUCAUCUCCGUCGCCAAUUACCGAAUAAAAAACUGCGUCUCAGUUUCCACUUGAGUUGGGAUUGUCCGCCCAAGUGUGGCUAUACAAUCAAAGAGGAGUUCUUCUAUUUAGAAAAGGAUGAAAUCGAUGUUAAAAAAUCAUAUGAGCUUUUCACCACAAGCAGACCUCUUGUGUUCGGACAUUGCAAUGGCUUGUACUGUUACCCAUACAUGGAUGCCCAUCAAAAUUUCAUUUGGGUUUGUAACCCAAGCAGGGAUGAGGUAUUAUCCAUAUGCCCUCCACCCAUUGCUAAUUACGAUGCUGAUAAUGCAAUAAUAACAUGUAUGGGUUUUGGGUUUGAUUCCUUGAGCAACAAAUACAAGCUUGUCUUUGUUGCUCGCAGUACUUUUGGCGGUGAGUUCAAGUGCUUCAUAUUUACAUUCGGAGCUGAUUCAUGCUGGAGAGAGGUCACAAUAAACCUCAACUCGAGUAACAUGUUCAGAGCUUCUGAUCAAUUAUGGACUUUGAAUAAAUCUUCCGUCUUUUGCAAUGGGGUUCUCUACUGGAGAGGUGCAACAGAGCCUUAUCCAUUGAUAUCAUUCGACCUCCACCAUGAGAGUUUUCAUCUCAUUCGAUUCCCGACUGAGUGCAUUUCAGCUGAUGAGAAGCAACAACAAUUGGUUCAUCUUCUUGAUUACAAAGGAGCUCUAUGUGUUGCACGCCUUGAAAAACAAUCAGGUAGUCAGAAUCUUAAGCUUCACUUGCAUACAUUAAGGGACAGAAUCAAGCAAGUUUGGAUCAAGGAAACUCCUGUUGUUCUUCCGUUUCCACUUCCUCUCCUUGACGCAACUCGUCUAAUGGGCUUCUCUGAUGAUCGGAUUCUAUUCCACUGGUUCGACGGGAAAGAUUUUCAGCUGCGUGAUAUGCACAUGAAAUAUGUCAAGGUAGUAAUGCCCCCAGCUAGCCAUGUGGAGUAUCAUGUGAACAAUCUUGUGGAAAACGUUCUUUGUUUACGCACCUUCGUGCCCGCAAAAGCUAGUAGGUUAUUUGACGUUGACAUGAACAGCUUGAAAAAAUAUGUGUUUGAAAGUCGACGAGAAUUUGGAUUAUUCGUGCUCACCACCAAAUCCGUAUUUAAAGCGGCAUGCGAGGCAUACAUGGAUUAUUAG